CAUCCAAAUUGUCUCUCUGUCUUGAAAAAAAAGUUUUAUUUUUACUUCCUGUAGAGAUAUUUGCCAUUUUGCAGAGUAGCAUAAUCGGAACACCUUUGACCUUUUUCCCUUCAUUUUAUCGUGUGAUUUGCGGAGGAAAACCUUAUAUUGAACAACGGAGAGGUAGUGUUCGAAUGGCGAUCUGGAGAAACACUGCAUUCCUAUCUCUUCUUACAUUUGUACUCAUCUUGCAGACAGGUGGGGUGGAGAGAUUUGGAACAAGCUGCUUGCGAUACAAGACAUCGGAACUACCCGAUAUAUCAUCCGUUUUUGGUACCGAUCGAUACUGCCAAAAACACAACGACUUCCAUUAUUGUAAGUUGUGGGCAUGCGCUAAAACAAAACCAGAAUGCACUCAAAAACGACCAGGAAAUAACUGUUUUUAUUGUGAAGGAACAUGCAACAUCGGCGGAUCUAUUGUCAAGGUAGGCGACCGCGUGUCCCACCCAGACGGUGUUAACGUUUGCACGUGCGGAGCGUACAAUCACGUGAGCAACUGCACGGAUGUUCUGCCUCCAUUGAACAAGAUCUGUGGCGGAGAACAAAUCCAAACUCUCCGUACGCAAGGUCGGCGAAUCCUUCCGCCCAUUCGGCUGGGAGCCAGACCAAUAAAAGUCCACAGACAUGUCCACAUUUUUGGAGGAGCAGUUCCUGCGCCAGUGAUUAAGGUCCCAGUAGUUAAGGUUCCUGUAGUGAAAAUUCCCCCUCCCAAGAUCAUAUCCGUCAUAACACCCCGAACUAUUCUGGUCCCCGCACAACCAGUUCUCGUCCCUCUUGUCCCUGUAAGGAGGCGGACGAUCGUGCAGCCGGGGAAAUAAUGGACUCCCAAGGUUUCGUGACUUGCUGUAGCAAGUUUGAUCAACAGUUAUGAUAUUUGUGCAGACAUUAUUGCAAACUUCAGUAAAGUUUGCUGCCUAGCUAUCUGAUAGAGACUUAUGUCUAUUUUCAAUUAAUUGACAUUGUCCAUCAGUACUAAACGUGUUUUUUGUUUUUAUUUUUUAACUUUUUACAGAAAUUGAAUGAGCUUAUUUCAUUUUAGCAUUUGAUUUAUGCAUAGUCGUACGCUUCAUUUUGUAUACCAAAACUAUUCUGGUUCGCGCAUAACCAUGACCAGGAAUUUAUCCUCCCCAGAGGCGGUCAGGAAUGUAAUGGAUGAGCCUAGUAUGUACUUUCCAAGGCUAUGCGACUUGAUGUAUAGACAAUUGAAUAAACACUGGCAUGUGCUGAGGUUAUUUAAUGAAAAGCAAAUACUAACAUUUGUUAUGUGAAAAAGGGGCAUGUUUUUCUCUAAUUUGUCCAUCAGGAUUGAUUUUUUUUAUAU